AUGGAAGGUAAGAGCUCAGAAAGUAAUCUCGACAAUUUUUAUGAGUAUGAGCAAAGAUCACGUGCUCAUACUUGGCCUGAGCAAAACUUCCAGCAGUUACACCCCAUUAGUACAGAUUUGAUUAGUCGAACUUCUAGUCUUGCUUCUGUAUUUUAUACAAAUGUAUAUAGUCCGAUGACAGUGGAACACAUCUCCAAUCUUAUCCCACGGUAUGAUUCUGGUGUAAAAGGAAAAAAAAACGAAGUCAAGAAAGAAGCGUCAACAAGUACAGUAAUUAUUGAAGGGACAGAAUGUCAUCCUGAAGAUCCUUUGCAGGAUGAAACAAGAAAGAGAAGUAAACGUUGUGCUGCUUCAGGGCUGAAAAAAGCUAAUGCAUGGGGUGAGGGGAGUUAUUCACAAUUAAUUACUCAAGCGUUAAAUUGUGCUCCAAACGGUCGUUUGAAAUUAAGCGAAAUUUAUACUUGGUUCAUGUGUAAUAUUCCAUAUUUCGGAGCACGUUCAACUCCUCAACUUUCAUCUGCUUGGAAGAAUUCAAUUCGUCAUAAUCUUUCCCUACAUAAUCGUUUUAUGCGGGUGCAAAACGAGGGUGCAGGAAAAAGUUCAUGGUGGAUGAUUAAUCCUGAUGCUAAACCGGGUCGGAAUCCACGACGCCAACGAUCUGCAACACUAGAAUCUACAACUAAAGUAGCGAUUGACAAAAAACGUCGUGGUGCUCGUAAAAAAGCCAUGGAAAUACGUGCAAGAGCGGUCAAUAGUAGUUUACUGCACAGUGGCAAUAAUUCGAUCGUUAGUUCACAAGUAAUCGUAAUUUUAAUCAUAAUUAGCUACUUUUUUUUCAGCUCACGUACUCAGUCAAACUUGUCAUUACCGGCAUCUACAUCUCGUGUAUCACCAUCAAUGAUGGAAAAUUACGAAAACUUUGAUAGUUUUGAUUUUCCUCCUUUUGUUGAGGCAACUGGUGGCAUGCCACAUGAUAUUUUAGAUCGCACAAAUGAGGUAAGGAUUUACGAUAAUGAAAAUAAUGUUCAACCACCACCAUCUUAUCAUGAACUAAAUGUUGUACGGAGUGUGCAAAACAUUCAGAAUCCAUUGUUAAGGACACAUCUGAUUCAAAGUAGGAUGCCUGGUCAUUAUUCACCUAGUAGUGGUGACGUGGGUGUAUCCAGUUGGAUGCAUUCAAAUAUGAUUCCAAUAACUAUUCACCCAAGUAUCAGUUGCUCAGCUCAACAACCGUUUAGUGGUAAUGGGUCGGCUUUACCCAUAGAUUUGGAAAAUUUGGCACUUCCUGAUCAACCUUUAAUGGAAGUGGAAAAUAUGGAAGCCGUUUUACGGCAUGAAUUAUCUCAAUCUACUGGUAGUCAGCUCAGUUUUGAUAAUAUUUAA